AGCAUUUUUUGCAGAUGACCAAACUCAAAUCAAGGGUACAAACGUCAUUUUCUGCAACUGCAAUGUUUAUCUACGCGCAAACCCAGAUUCCUUCUCUGCUUCGUGACACAUUCUUCUCCUUCUUCACUGUUUGAUCAAAUCGAUAUUUUCCAUUUACCACUCACAGCCGUAGCAGAAGCUCAAACUGAAAUUUGUUGGAAAUUUCAAAGCGACAGAGCAAUUGAUCACGCAUUUAAAACGGCAUUUAAUUUCUCCCCACCAACAUCAACUGUAUCCUUUAAUUUCCCUCCAUUAAUUCUCCUUCACUAGUCAACUGCAAUCAUACUACUGUCUCUCCCUCUCGCGGCCGCAUCAUGCUAGAGACCUUAUAAUUUCUCAUCAAAAUGAUUCUCGAUUUUCUCCAAACAAUUCUCCCGUUAUUGUUAUCAAUUUCAAUUCUAUCCUUGCCGUCUUCCGCACUCGACAUCAAUUCCACUUCCUGCAAUAGGAACUGCGGUGGAAAUACAGUUCAAUACCCUUUCGGUUUCUCAGAUGGAUGCGGAAUCAAGCUCAAGUGCGGUAGCAACAGCUCCACGAUCCAAAUCGGCGGCUUCGACGUGCACAACGUGACGUCUGAUCACAUCUUAGUAAGUAUUCCGGCGAAAUGCGACCGUCAGAUCGACGACUUGGUCCAACUCUUCGGUUCGAACUUCGCCCCGACGUGGCGCAACGGCCUCCUUCUGGAGAACUGCAGCGAGCCGAUGAAUGAUUGCGUGGUUCCUCGCAGACUGGUGAGGAGCACGAUUGGUUUGAAGGAUUGCGAAAGGGGGGAGGAAAACGGUGAUAGAAUAACUUGUUAUUCAGUUGGGUCAAAUGAUUCCACUGAGUUUUUGGAUUAUGAAACUGUGAAGGAAACAGGGAGCUGUCGCUUUCUGUUGUCGUCGAUCUUGGUGGGCAAUGCCACCCAGAGCUCUUCGAUCGCGCUCGAUUUUCAGAAGGUGGAGCUCGGUUGGUGGGUCGACGGCGGCUGUCAUGAAGUUUGUGAUCCCAACGCCGAAUGCACGGAGGUUCAUUAUAAAGGAAAAUCGGGGCAUCGUUGCAAGUGUAAACAUGGUUACGUCGGAGACGGUUUUCGGGCCGGUGGAGUAGGAUGCCGGAAAGAAGUUGGAAACUGCCAUGCUACAAGCUUGUCUAUUCGAUGUGGGGGAACUAAAGUAGGCAUUCUUGUUGGAGGGAUUGUUGCUGGAGCUAGUUUGGUAGUGGUUCUAGCAGUCAUCUAUUACUGCGUGAAGAAUCGCGCGACGAGUUUGAAGAACAAAUUAAGCGCGAGGCGCAUGAUCAGUGAAGCAGCAGGCAACUCCAGUGUGCCCUUGUAUACUUACAAAGACAUCGAGAGAGCAACCAACAGCUUCUCUGAGAAGCAAAGACUAGGAAUAGGUGCCUAUGGCACAGUUUAUGCAGGAAAACUCCACAACGAUGAGUUGGUAGCAAUCAAGAAGAUAAGAUACCGUGAUCACGAGAGCGUCGACCAAGUGAUGAAUGAGAUCAAGCUUCUGUCCUCGGUAAGCCACCAGAAUCUGGUCCGCCUUCUCGGGUGCUGCAUCGAGAAUGGCGAACAGAUCCUUGUCUAUGAGUACAUGGCGAACGGCACCCUGUCCCAGCAUCUGCAGAGAGAGAGAGGUUCCGUGCUUCCAUGGACGAUACGUCUCACCAUUGCUGCAGAGACGGCUCACGCCAUCUCCCACCUUCACUCAGCCAUGAACCCUCCGAUAUACCACAGAGACAUCAAGUCCAGCAACAUUCUGCUAGAUUACAAUUUCAACUCCAAAGUAGCUGACUUCGGGCUUUCUAGGUUUGGCAUGACCGACGACUCCCACAUCUCCACAGCGCCGCAAGGUACCCCGGGCUACCUCGACCCGCAGUAUCACCAGAACUUCCAUCUUUCAGACAAGAGCGACGUCUACAGUUUUGGGGUGGUUCUUGUAGAGAUAAUAACAGCCAUGAAAGUGGUCGACUUCUCUCGAUCUCACAGCGAGAUCAAUCUUGCUGCUCUGGCUAUCGAUAGAAUCGGGAAAGGCCGGAUAGAUGAGAUAGUGGACCCCUUCCUUGAGCCGAAUAGAGAUGCGUGGACACUUUCAUCUAUUCACAAAGUAGCUGAGCUUGCUUUUAGGUGUCUUGCUUUUCACAGAGACAUGAGGCCUUCAAUGAUGGAAGUGGCAGAUGAGCUAGAACAGAUACGGCUCAGUGGUUGGGCACCUAUGGAAGAAACUAUGCACAUGGGAUCCUCAGUCGCCUCGACUUGCUCAUCGCCAUACCAAGGAAGUGAGAAAUCAUUUAACACAUCAAAAGCUAAGAAGACGACGACGACGGCCAUUAUAGGUGUAGGAAGUAGGAGGUUGGUUGUUUCGCAGAGGGCGGCUGCCGCUGCCGUUGCAACAGAAGAGGUGAAGAACAAUUCUCCCGUUUCUGUACAAGAUCCUUGGUUGAGUCAACAGAGCUCUCCAUCAACCAACAGCUUAUUGAGUAAUGUAGUUCGAUAAAGCAUCUGUUUAUACAUAUAAACUUCACAUGGACACUCAGAAGAUAGAUAUCUCAUAUCAGAGUUGUGCUAUUCAAUAUAGUGUGAAUAUAAAAAUCCAAAGUCUUACACACUUCCAAUUCCAAUAUAGUGGUUUCAGAAUGAAAUAAGACGUCUCUCUAGGAUCAACAAUUUGAUGAA